CCCUCUCUCUUUUCAUAUCAUAAACCUCUCAUCUAUUUGUGCGGUUUUCUUCUGUUCGUGAUACCCCAUAAUGGCUGACUUCGUUGUCCCCCACACCAAGCCAGUCACCGACGCAAAGUCGCGGCUGGAAGCCCCAAUUCACGCAGAGAGACAUGUUAAGGUCAUUUGCAUUGGUGCCGGAGCGUCCGGCCUGUUGAUGGCCUACAAGAUCCAAAAGCAUUUCAACAACAUGGAGUUGACCGUUUUUGAAAAGAACCCAGAGGUCUCAGGAACGUGGUACGAGAACAGAUAUCCGGGAUGUGCAUGUGACGUGCCGGCGCACAACUACACAUGGUCUUUCGAGCCAAAGCUGGACUGGUCUGCUGUCUAUGCCAGUAGCAAGGAGAUCUUCCAAUACUUUGAUGCCUUCGCCCGCAAAUACCACCUCCACAAAUACGUGCAAACAUCGCAUCAAGUCAUCGGUGCCUACUGGAACAAGCAGAAAGGUGGCUAUGACGUUAAGGUCAAGAACCUGAAAGACGGGUCUGAAAAGUCUGAGCACUGCGAUAUCUUGAUCAACGGCAGCGGUAUUCUCAACAAUUGGAGAUGGCCCGCCAUUCCAGGUAUUGAAAAAUACAAAGGAAUUCUUCUACACACUGCCAACUGGGAUGAAAGUGUCAAUCUCGAGGGUAAACACGUCGGUCUUAUUGGCAAUGGUUCUUCCGGAAUCCAGGUGCUUCCCACAAUUCAGCCCAAGGUUAGCAAGGUCACUACUUUCAUUCGAGAGCCAACCUGGGUCUCGCCAGUACAAGGCCUUGAGCAACAUGUCUUUAGCGAUCAAGAGAAGUACGAGUUUGCCACAAAGCCCGGAAAACUGCUUGAGUACCGCAAGCUCGUGGAGCGAGGUUUGAACGGUCAAUUCGGCAUCUUCCUUAAAAACACACAGAUCAAUAACGAGACACAUGAGUACAUGAAAGCGCAAAUGAAGGAGAAGCUGCAGAACCCGUAUCUUGAGGAGCGUCUUAUCCCAGAAUGGUCGGUUGGAUGUAGACGAUUGACACCAGGUGUUGGCUAUCUUGAGGCCCUUGGCAAACCAAAUGUCAAAACUGUUUAUGGAGAGAUUUUGGAAAUUACUGAAAAGGGAUGCAAGUGCGACGAUGGAAACGAGUAUCCAGUCGAUAUCCUUAUCUGUGCUACUGGAUUUGACACUGGCUUCAAGCCACGCUUUCCAAUCAUCGGCCCAGACGGAAGGAAUCUGCAGGACGUUUGGUCUGGCACUGCCGAGUCAUAUUUUGGUAUCGCGGCUGCCGGAUUCCCCAACUACCUGAUCUUCCUUGGUCCCAACUGCCCUAUUGGCAACGGACCGGUCCUAUGUGCUAUCGAGUGUCAGGCAGACUACAUGUGCAAGAUGAUUGACCGUUAUCAGACUCACAACAUCAAGGAAUUUGCGCCGAAGAAGGAGGCCGUGGAUGAUUUCGUCGCACACAAGGACUUCUUCAUGCAGCGAACGGUCUGGAAUGAUCCGUGCCGAUCGUGGUACAAGGCUGGAAGCAUCGAGGGCAAGAUCACUGCAUUGUGGCCUGGCUCAACUUUGCACUACAUGGAAGCAAUGGAGGAGCUCAGAUUGGAGGAUUGGGACGUGAAAUAUGAAGGCAACAGAUACGCCUACCUGGGCAAUGGCUACAGCCAGACCGAAGUGGAUCCAACUGCUGACUGGGCUUACUAUAUUCGUGAGCAUGACGACGGCUUGCCACUGUCAACAGCUGGUAGGAGGAAGCUGCAGAACAAGAGCGGCACAGUAGAGAAGAACGAAGGAGUAUCGUUCUCUGGCGCCAAGCUAUGAGUAUUUGACAUAUUAGACGGAUACCUUGAGACGAGAAGAGGAUUCACAUGUUAAGGAUUUGCAUGUUAAAUUAUCCUGACGUUGUAUUACAUUAGUAUGAACUCAAUUUUGUCAAUGAAAAGAAGUCUUCAUAAUGAGCCUACGUCGUGC